AUGGAAAGAAUCACGGGAAAUGUCAAGGUCGAUGCCAACGGAGAUCGCGAGCCAGACUAUUGGAUGUGGGAUAUGGCACCAGGGACAGAUAACUUCUCUGUCAUUCUAGAGGCCAGGAUGACCGCUAUUUCAAAACAGAAAAUAUUCAUCCUGGGAGACAUUGUUUGGCAGACUGCGGAUGGAUCGGUACCUUUGGACGUUCCGGUGUGUGGCUUUUUCUCAGAACUUUGCCCAGUCGACCUGACAGAGAGAAACACUAUCAUUAUCGUGGCAGUGAUUGUACUUGCGAGUCUCAUUGCUACAGGGAUGGCAGUCACGUGGUACAUCAGAAAAAUGAAACGUGAAAAAGAGCUCGAUCAAAUGUUGUGGCAAAUUCUGUACCAAGAUAUCCGCUUUACCAAGAGCAAAUGCAUGGGCAGCAUCAGCCAGAUGAGCCUUCACACCUUACAGUCUGUGACUCAGCAGAGUGGACGGUUGUCGGGUACUGGAGAGGGUCAGCUCUUCUCCGCUAUCGGCAUGUAUCGCGGCCGACUGGUCGCUAUCAAGAAGCUAUCAACUAUAAAAGUCACUGUCACAAGGCCGGACAAAGUUCACUUCCAGCAAAUGAGAGACCUCCAGCAUGAGAACCUAAACCCAUUCAUUGGCAUCUGUUUGGACGAGCGCUUCCCAUGUGUCCUCUCUACCUACUGCGCUAAGGGUAGUGUCCAGGACAUCAUAGAACACGAAGACAUCAAACUGGACUGGAUGUUCAAGAUAUCACUUCUCACAGAUAUGACCAACUUGCUCGAGGCUGGCCUGGAGAAGCGUAAUGAUACCAAUAUUGUCUUACUAGAAAUACAGCCGGAACUCAUUGAGGACUCCAUCAGUGAUGUUAUAGAUAAACGUGGUAAAUUCUGGACUGCCCCUGAAAUCCUGCGAUCUGGCGUGGACCUCAAGUCUCAUUUAGAGCUACAGAAAGCGGAUAUAUACAGCUACGGCAUCGUCUUGUGGGAAAUACUACAUCGGAAUGAGCCAUACGACACACAGUAUUAUACACCAAAAGAAAUCGUGGAGCGUAUUCGAGUGACAGAGAACCCUCCAUAUAGACCGGACGUGAACCACCACGCUGAUCUUUCCUCUCCUGACCCUGAUAUUCCCAGCGUGGCAUUUGACGUCGUAGAGACGUGUGUGGAACAGGUGCCGGAGAAACGGCCUAACAUUGAGAUCGUCAAGUCAAACUGGAACUCUGUGAACAAGGGAAAACGAGUGAACAUUGUGGACAACAUGGUGUGUAUGCUGGAGAGAUACGCCAACAACCUGGAAGAUAUUGUGGAGCUGCGGACUUCGGCACUCAUCGAAGAGAGAAAGAAAUCAGACACGUUACUCUACCGCAUGCUACCUCGGGUUGUUGCUGAGAAACUUAAACUUGGGCAGACGGUGUGUCCGGAAAUGUUCGAGUCGGUGACCAUCUACUUCUCGGACAUAGUGGGCUUCACCAGCCUGGCAGGCGAUAGUUCUCCCAUGGAGAUCGUGGACCUCCUCAACGAUCUUUACACCAGAUUCGACUUUGUGAUAGCGCAGCACAACGUAUACAAGGUGGAGACGAUAGGAGACGCCUAUAUGGUGGCCAGCGGCCUUCCCAUCCGGAACAAGAACCGCCAUGUUAUGGAGAUCGCCAACAUGGCACUUGACCUCCUCACCUCCAUCUUCACCUUCAGAAUACGCCACCAGCCGGACAAACAGAUGCUACUCAGGAUUGGUUUACACACAGGGCCUUGUGCAGCGGGUGUGGUGGGUCUGACCAUGCCAAGGUACUGCCUGUUUGGAGACACAGUCAACAUGGCGUCGAGGAUGGAAUCCACAGGAGAACCCCUCAAGAUACACGUCAGCGAGGACACAUACCAGGCACUCACGGACUUUGGCGGCUACCGAAUGACCGUGCGUGGGAACAGAGACGUGAAGGGCAAAGGGAUGUGUACCACAUACUGGCUCCUCGGCAAAGCUUGUCCUCCCAUCUCUAUCAACCAAGACAACAGUGCGCCCAACACCUCGACAAACUCGGACCACCUAAUCAAAAGCCAGCCAGGAGCGAAGGCUGUGCACUCGAUCGAUGACCCUUGGGCACACAACGUCUCCCGUCUAUCUCCCAGCUCGGAGACCUCAGUAAACAAAACGCUGCCCGGGGAACUGCAUCAGUCCAGUCAAGCGUAG